GUCAAGUUAAAUUUGAUAUAUGAACAUCAUCAUGGCAAGACUUCUCGUCAGCUUAGUACUGCUUAUGAUGUCCGUUUCACAGAUUGCAUUUGCUGAAGACUUGAAGCUGGGGAGGAAGGCAAGGUUGGUCGAGGUGGAGCGCCAUGGAAGUGUGGGGCAAAGCUUAUCGAAUGGGCAGGUCAAACAAGGUGGAGCCAAUAAUGUGGCGGUUGCAGGUGGGCUUAUAAAUCCAGCUGGGGGGCUUGACCAGCUCUCUCGUUCACUCAAUAACUUGAACAAAAUUGAUUAUCGUAGUCAAGAUCAGGUUAACAACAUCGACUUCGACUCGCUGAAGGCUGACGCAGUUGAAUUUUAUGCGAGGAUCCGUACAUAG